UUCCCCUAUGGCCGACGAUCGUGUUUGGAAAGCGAGAACGAAUAUAUUUACAACAAAGAGUGCGAGAUAUUGGCUUCGUUUAACAGUCAAGUAAGAUAUAUACAAUUUACAAUGAACUAUUGUCAAUGCGCUAACCAUUAUUGUCUUUGAAGAACUAGGGCAUCUGAGGAAAUCGUAGAGAGCAGGGAGGCACCCAGCGAUCGACACCGACAAGCAAGCGCUCGGCGUGAAGAGUCGACCCAUGUUCUGCAAUCACCUCAAGCCCGCCUGGAUGUGUCAGCAAGCGAGUCGUUGACCAAGUAAAGCCGGGACCAACAGAUCGACAUGGCGGAUUUCUACGACCCAGCAUGCCCAACAGAUGACCCAUUUGAGGAGGACGCUGAACCAGCUGGGAGCCCCACCAAGCUGCUGAGCAUCUCACUACCUCGAAUCCAGCCUCCCUCAGCACCAGGAGAAUCUGCUGAACACAAAAGUCAUCUACCUCCAACCCGGCAGCAGACGACAGCAGAUGUAUAUCAUGCUCCUCAACCGCUAGGACAAACGUCAGAAGAAUGCCAUAGUAGUAACAUGCUUCUUGAUCUACCACUGCCAAGCACACUGAACAUUAACCUGGAUGAUGUACCUCUUCCACCAAUGCCACCAGCAGAACCUUCCCUGCCACAAAGCAAAAGUCGGGGAAAGAAGCGGAAAAAGAAAAAGCAUGGUUUUUCAGAUGAAGAGCCUCCACCACCCCCUCCACCUCCUGUGUCACCCCGUAGAACCCGCCAGCGAUCCUCCUCCCGCACAUCAGAGCCAUCGGGCGAGUCUGAAGGAACUCCUCCCCCACCGCCUCCACCUUCUCGAGUGGAAUCAGUCCAUCUUCCAAGUGUUGAUUCCAAACCUGAACCUGAGCUGUCUCUUGCACAGAAAUUGCUAAACAAGGUUAGGGGCCAGAGUUCUGGCACAACAGAUGCGAGUAAAAGUGCUGCUCCUGGAGCAAAGCUGCUGAACUUUGCUUUAGCUUCACCACCUGUAGGAAAAGGUAAAAUUUCUUUCCAAAUCAAACCAACAAAGAAAUCUGUUUUUUCCUCAGAUGAUGGAGAUGAAGAUGAUGAAGAAAGUGGUGAAAGUACUGUGACACCUGUUAGAUUCAAAGUCAAUAAGAAACAGAUGUUCCGACCAGAUGCAGAGGGGCCAUCUGAAGCACAGAAGAUAGCUGUUCAAGCAUAUGUGAAAGGUAAAGGAGGAAUUAAGUUCUGUACAGAAGAUGACGUUGCUAAUAUAAUAAGAUGUGGUUUUAUGUCUGCUGAGGAAAUACAGAAACUGAAGUUAGAGCAGGAGAUGCUAGAGAUUGCCCAAAAGUUAGAAAAACCUUCAGAGGCACCAAAGGCCACUGAACCUGAAAUUAGAAGAUCGAGACGUUUAAGAGAUAGAUCUCCAUCCGAAGAAAGAAGUAGAGAAAAGGAAAAAGAAAAAGAUGGUAGGUCAAGGAGACCAAGAACUGAUAGGUCAUCUUCAAGGGAAAAAGAUCGAGACAGAAGUAGAAGGCGAUCGCAAAGUGAGAAGUCCCCAGUCCGUGAAAAGCAUUCUCACAAUGAGAAGUCCCCAGUCCGUGAAAAGCAUUCUCAUAAUGAGAAGUCCCCAGUCCGUGAAAAGCAUUCUCGUAGUGACAGAUCAACUUCAAGUGAUUGGGAUACGGAAAGAUCCACCAGAAGAAGAAGCAGUCGUUUAUCAUCACAGGAAGAUGAUGUGAAAUCUUUAAGAAGCGUUUCCCCUGAAGAAAAACGAGGUAGGAAAGAGAGGUCUCCUGCUCAUGAACAAGAAAAAAAGAAAUCAGAAUCAGCCACAUAUGUGAAAACUUUAAAGGGAGCUGAGGUUAAACUAAAUUUAGUGAGAUUAGAAGAUAUGGAUGAAAGUGUUAUUUCUCCUGUUAAGAGAGGAAGUGAAAUUAAGAUAUCAAAGCAAGAAGAAGUGGAGACAAGGCAGCAAAACCAGACAAUAUUACCAAUAGCAGAUGACCCACAGUUUCAGAAACAAAGAAAGUCAAUAACUUACAGAUCCCCGUCGUCAGAGAUGGAUGAUGCAGUUGCAGAUGGUGGUGUUCAUCCAAUUGUGGGUAUGUCACCAUCUGAAGCUGUACUGAUUGACUCCACACAUCAGACCGGCAAUACAGUGGUUAAAGCUACAACAGAGAUGGCAGCAGAUUUAACAAAGGACAAAUUGAAGCUAGAAUGUGAUGUUGAGGAGGAGAGAGAUGUAAGGAAAAGACGUCAUCACAGAGAUUCUACAAAAUCUCCUGAAAUUAAGCCACUUCCUAAAAGGUCAAAGUGGGAAGAUUCUCCAGAAAGGCUUCCCAAGGAAUAUGGUAAACAUUCUAGGUUAAGGAGGACAAGUCAGUCACAGGAGGAUGAGAAGAAAGAAAUGUCUACUGAAAUGGAAAGUGAACCAAGCAGAAGACGUUCCAGGAGAGGAAGGUCUAGGUCUGGAGAUAAAGGGACAGCUACUGAAUCUAGCAGGAGAGAGGUAUCGGUGGAGAAAUCAAAGGAUACACAUGAAGGGAAAACAAGGUCGCGAAAGGACAGCUCUGACUCAAAGGAAAAUGACCGGUCAAAACCGCGACGUAAUACCAUUUCACCUGAAAAGUUGAAGGAGAGGCAAACAAGAUCUCAGAAAGACAGGUCAUUGUCUCAGGAUAAGGAUGAAGAAAAUAAGUCUCACUCUGAAGGGAAGGAUAUUAAGAGAAGACAUUCAGGAAGAGACCGAUCUUCGUCUCACGAGAAAGAAGAGAUCACACACAAAACUGCACAAACAAAGAGUCAUAUUUCACCUGACAUUAAAGUUAUUUCCAAAAGUACUGAGGAUAAGGACAAAUUAAAAUCUAAGGAAAAAGAUGUUUCUGAAAUAACCAAAAUGAAGUCAUUGCAUGAUAAUUUGCCAUCAGCUGUCGUCAUUGAAAAUAACCAUAAUAAACUCAAUGAAGAGUACCAAGAGGCAAUUGUCUUUCCAAGUCGGUCAAGGUGGGAUUCACCUGAACGGAUUGAUGAAACGCUCAGGAGCAAAGGUACUGUUGAUAUUGAGGGUUUUGUUCGAUCCAAAUGGGAUUCCCCAGAGAAAACUGAUUUUGAUAGGACGAGAGAUGUGGACAAUUCAAUGAUUGUGUCUGCAAUCAAAGAGAGUGCAGGUCGGUUUGGUGAAACCAUAUCUGACAGUUUGGAUGUUGUUAACAAGGAAAUCAAAACGCCAGUAGAAAUAAACUGGCAGAUGACUCAGGAUGAUUAUGAUUCCAGACCCAGCCGCUCCAAGUGGGAUUCCUCUCCAUCUGAUGAUGAAGUUUUGACCAUUCCAGAAAGAUCUAUGUGGGGAACUCUGCCUAAUGAAGAGCGAGGGGAUGAUAGGCUGUUUGUUAGUAAUCCGUAUUCCGUUCAACAACAUGAAACCAAAUCACACUCAAGGUUUAGCAGAUCACCAUCUCAGGAGAAAUGUUUGUUAUCGCAUAAAAGCAAACAAAGGCAAUCACAAAGUCAGGAAAAACUUCAUAGAAAGGCUGUUUCUCCCUCAAGCAUGAAAGUUGAGAAAAAGUUUACAGACACAAUUGUAACGGAAUCACCUGAUUCAGCAGCAUCAGUUCCCAUCAAAGAGUUUCCAAUAGUUGGCUAUGAGUCAUCUCCAGAUACUUCUCAAGUUAGUGAUCAGCUCCCUGACAUCUCUGAGCCUUCAAAAUCUCUUUCUGAAAAAGAGGUCUGUAAAGUCAGUGCUGCAGCAUCAGAUGCUGUAAUUCAAGUGACCAAAUGUGAAGAGGGUGAGAAAAAGAAGGAGGCCUCGGAAGACAGCAAUCUUGACAAAUGUUCAAAGCAAGAUGAUGAACGACCAAGGGCAAGAGAGGGCAGUUCUGAGUUGACAAAACGAGAUGGCAGUUAUGAAAAACAAGCUUCCAAACGGAGGGAUGGCAGUGAUGAUUCCAGGAGGAGUGCAGAUAGGAGUGGAUCCAGAAAGGAUGAUAGUUCAGAAAAAAGAAAGUCCCGUUGGCAAGAUGAUGGUAAUGAGCAGUCAAAGCACCGGAGACCUGGGGACAGUAAUGAUAGAUCACGGAAAAGAGGUGACAGUUGUGAAAGUCAGCAUUCAAGGCGAAGGGAUGACAGUUCAGAAAGGAGUAGGUCACGGAGGAGACGAGAUGAAAGUUCUGAACGAGGCAAGUCGAGGAGAAGAGAUGAAAGCCAUGACAAAGAUAGACCCUCCAGGAGAAGGGAUGACAGCUCUGAGAGAGACCGGUUGCGUCGAAGAGAAGAGAGUUCAGAACGAAGUAGAAGCAGGAGGGAUAACAGUUCAGAGAGAGAUCAUCGCUCAAGACGUCGUGAUGACAGUGCUGAUAGAUCACGCAGACGUGAUGACAGUGCUGAUAGGUCACGCAGACGUGAUGACAGUGCAGAAAGGUCACGACGACGUGAUGACAGUGCUGAUAGGUCACGACGACGUGAUGACAGUGCAGAAAGGUCACGGCGACGUGAUGACAGUGCUGAUAGGUCCCGGCGACGUGAUGACAGUGCUGAUAGGUCACGACGACGUGAUGACAGUGCAGAUAAGUCACGACGACAUGAUGACAGUGCUGAUAGGUCACGACGACGUGAUGACAGUUGUGACAGAGACCGUAGAAGGCGAGGAAGUAGUAGUGAUAGAAACAGAAGGAGGGAAUCUGAUAGACGGAGAGACUCCAGUAGAGAUCGAUACUCUAGAAGACGAGAUGAUUCUUUAGAGAGGGAGAGGUAUAGGAGAAGGGAGGAUUCAGCUGAUAGAGAGAGAUCAAGAAGGAGAAGAGACUCACCAGACAGAUCUCGGAGGGACAGAGAUAAGAGAGAAACUGACUCAAUGGGGAGAAUGUAUCGAUCAAGAAAAUAUUCUCCUGAAAAGCCGAAAGAGACUUCUGAUCUUAAAACAUCAGUAGAGAAGAAGGAGAUUCCAAAGCCAGCAACAGCUACUGAACAUGUGAUUGAUCUUAAUGAUAUUCCACUACCUGAUAUUCCUCUUCCUAAUGUUCCUGGUUCUAUAGUGGUGGCAACACAGGACACUGUGGAGAUGCCUGUUGUUAGUGCUACUGAUAGCAAGAUGGAACCUGCAAAUUUGAAGCAGGAUAACUACUCCAGUGAUGACAUGGACUUGUGUGAUGAGGAAGAAGAAAAUUCAAUAGAAACACCAGUUGUUAUCCAAAAUGUACUUGUAGAUGAUAAAGGUGGUAAGGUUUCAUCAAGUGCAUGUCUUCCAAAGGUUCAGUCACUGGGAGCAGAAGAUACGAAAGGUUUUCCUAAAUCUGAGUGUUCAAAUCCAGUUAAAACUGAGCAAACAAAAACGGAAAAGAUAAAAUUUUCCCUGAGUUUUGGAAAACCCAAAGUCCUUCCAACAAAGAAGAUUGAAAGUGUUCUUGAUGAUGAAGAAGACACUCAGCGCAAGAGACAAAAGGAAGAGUUUGUCAGUGCAAUGUCAGAAAGUGUACAGACUGAAUCUUUCUUUCCUAAGUUUUCUUCUCUCAAGUUAAACCUGAACCUUCCUACAAAGAAAGAACCCACAAUACCCUUGGACAGCAAAGAUGUUAAAGAUUCUCCAAAGCUGAAAGAUACAAACUCAAGAGUUCCAGAUGAGGUAUUGAACAGAUCAAGAUCUUGUGAAGAAGAAUCUCCUGUUGAUUCGAAUGAAAAAGCUUUAAUAAGUAAACCUGUGAAUGCAGAGAGUCAUAUUUUGGAGAAGAAAUCGAACAUAGAAGUGGCUGAUGACAAUAAAUCCCCAAAUGUAUUUGAAAAAGUUGACAAUGUUUCCACAGUUAUGUUUCCUGGUGUCAAAAGCACUUCACAAGCAGCUCUUGAUAUCUCAGUGAUGUCUACAUCAUUCAAAGUUGUGCCAAAUCAGUCUGAAUCUCAAGAACUGAAUCGUGCAGCAGACAAUGUGCCAAAUAUCCCAACAUCCUCUCUUGAUAAAGGAGUAUCUCAUCUUCUUGUUGACCACUCAGGGCAAACCCAGCAAUACCAACCUGCCUCAGCCCCACAGGUUCAUGAACAGCAGCCUGAAGACUCUGUUAAGUAUUCCCCUAUCCCGGAACCGUCUGUCAAAGACUUCAUGCCUGUUCCAGGACUAAAAGUAGACCUGUCACCCACAGAGAAAGUCCCUUCAGUGUCGUUUGAAAUACAGGAUGUUGUAAGAGAUGAACCCAAAGUUUCAAAGAAUGAAGACAUGCCUGGUGGUGGUGAAGAUACCAACAAGUCAGCUAUGAUUAUGCCUUCAGGAUAUAAAGAUAAUUGCCCUCCACUACAAAGUGAUGCAUCUGAAUUAGUUAUUGAAGACACACAGGCAGAUAUGACAGAAACGGUUCUCAGUUUAAGUAAAGAGGAGAGAAAAGGCAAUGAUACAGACAUAACUGAUACCAGCCUGAAACUGGACAGUGAAGCUAAUUCAGAGGAUGUUUGUCAGUCUGAUAAUAUGCCAGAAUCUAUUGAUAUGAAAACAGCUUAUUGUGAUAGUAGUUCAAAUACAGACUCUACAGAAGAUUCACAUAUGCCUGCUGUCCCCAAGAUGCAUGAAUCAGAGGAAGCUACUUCAAAUGAAGACACAUUAACUCCUGUUCAUAGGGAAGAUAUUGUGCCUCAACAGGGUCACACAGAAGAUCGGGGUGUCAAGUGUUCCUUGACUGAGAAUGUUCAACUGGGCAAUGAAUCCGGAAAGGUUGAGUCAGAAACAUCUACAGAAACACAUGAAACUCAGGCAGAUAAACAGGUGGUUAAGCUUGAGGAAGCAAAGAAGGCAGUACAGGCUGUAACUACUGCAGAGGUGCCAUCAGCUGGCACUCCUGCUGAGUCUCAUAUAGAAGAGUCUAAGGUCCAGCCAAGAAGAAGCAGACGCCUUAAUGCUAACAAGACUGUACUAGAAGAAGAACCAAGCAAGAGAACUGGAAAUCAGAAAGUUGUGACAGUUGAAAAACAAAAGUCUGAGCCAGUUGAGGUAGACGAACCAACUGCUGAGGCAGAAUCAGAAUCAUCAGCACCUCAACGUAGACGUAGUGGCCGCCUUCAGAAGAAACAAGUAGAAAUCCCAUCAGAGUCAGAACUGAAGCCAAAGGGUAAAGGAGGAAAGGCUGGGAAAAGUGAUAAAGGUGGAAAGAAGGGGAAAACUGCUAAAGUUGAAGAAGAAAAGGCAGAUGUACCUGAGAUGAGUGAUCUUGUUCAACAAGAUGUUGGUGAGAAAGAAUCUUCUACACUGGAGUCUACCAAGGAGGAAUACAUACAGAUUGUUGAAAGGGUUCCACAGCUUCCACAACUCCCAGAAAGGGUUGUCCAUACAACUGAGGUGAAAGCUUUGAGUAUCAAAGAGACAAUAAUGAAUAAGUUGCAGGAAGAGAAAGAAAAGUCAGAAAAAGAAGAAAAGGAAAGGAGGGAGCUUGAAGCAAAGCAGAGAGAAAUUGAGUUGAGGAAACAGAGAGAGGAAAGGGAGAGGAUAGAACAGGAGGAAAGAAGAGAGAAGGAAGAAAGAGACAGGGAAGAAAGAGACAGGAAGGAUAGAGAAAGACGUGAAAGAGAUAGGGAACGAAGAGAAAGAGAGGACCGUGAUAGACGAGACAGAAGACGACGAUAUGAUGAUGAUCGUAGCCACAGAGAUAGAGAUCGUGACAGAGACAGGGACCGUGACAGGGAUCGGGAUCGGGAUCGUGAUCGUGAUAGAGAUAGGGACAGGGAGAGGGAUAGAGACCGUGAUCGGGACAGGGAUCGGGAUCGGGAUCGGGAUAGAGAUGACAGGAGGAGGAGAGAUCGAGAUGACCGUAGUCGUAGAGAUGACUACAGGUCUAGAGACAGGGAUGACAGGGAUAGAGAACGCUCCUACAGGGAUGGACGGUCAAGGAGAAGAUAUGAUGAUGAUUAUGACAGAGACAGCAGAUCUCGAUCCCCAGAUGACAGAAGAAGUGAAAGGGGCCGGAGAGAUGAUAAGUCUGAAACUGAUUAUAAGUCAGAUGAUUCGUCAAUGGCAGCUUCUCAGGGAUUUCUGCCAAGCUCAGGAGAUUCUUCUAGUCCAAUAAAACCAGAAAAAGUGAAGUCACGUUGGAGGAGAACCAGUGAAGCUGAGCGUAUGGCUGAAACUAUAACUCCAAUGAAAAGUCUUAAAGACCCCACGGCCUAUACAGUCAAGGCCUUAGACUUUGAUCCAGCAGCAUUCCCACGAUCUUCAUCUGCAAAACAUGGCGACUUGUCUAAACUCCAUCAUGAACCUCAUCCAGAUAUGUAUCCAUCUCUUAAAGGUCUUUACCGACCCUCAGGGCAAUCUCAGUAUCCAGGAGCAGCAGAACUGCUUGCCACCUUUGCUGGACCACCUAGUUCUACCUCAGCUAUUGCAGCUCAAGUUUCUGCUCCUCCUCCCCAGGAGGUCUACCCACCAGCAUCAGGCCCUGUCACAACAUUCCAACAGGACCAAGGUUUUCCAUCCAGCUGGCCUUCACCACCACCACCACAUGGUGCUCAACCACCUUCAGGGCAUGUUCCUGUCCCUGGGAUUCCACCUCCGACAGUCCACCCUUCUUUGGUUCAUGGGGUGCCACCACCCAUUCAUGGCAUACCACCCCCACUAGGCAUUCAACCACCCCCAGUUCAAGGCAUCCACCCUCCUCCAUUGCAUGGCAUUCUACCACCUCCAGUUCAAGGUGUUCAGCCAGCUCCUCCUGUUCAAGGUGUUCAUCCAGCUCCUGUUCAAGGCAUUCCUCCCAUACAUAGUAUUCAGCCACCUCCUGUGAAUAGUAUACCUCUGCCUGACAUCUCAACACCCUCAGGUCCACCCCCAAGUCACUUGUCAGCCCACAUCCCCCUACCAGUGGGUAGAAAACCACCUCAAUUGCCUGUGCAGCCACCACCAGAAUUUACUUUAGAACCUCAUGCUUUAAUGCAAAACAGUCCCAUUCAGGCUGGAGGGAUGGAAGCUGCAUAUCCAGCUCCUGUUCCUGAACCAGAACAAGAGGAUUCAUUCUUGCUACCUCCUACUAAGGCAGCAGAAGGUCCUGUACCAGGCGAAUCCUUUGUUUCACCAAACCUAGCCUCAAGGGUUCUUGUAGCAGUCAACACCUCCACAGUCCCUUCAAAUGACUCAGGGAAAAUUAAAUGUGAAAUAGAUGUGAGUGAGGACAAUUUCAACCAGAAUGCAUUGUUGUCUGAUAACGUAUGUGUUGAAGAGAAGCCAUCAACUGUGGAUAAAGUGUCAGGGUUUGAAGCUGAAUCCACAUCAGUUUUGUUGGAGACAGUUGUGAUGCCACGAGAAGAGCCUACAAAAGAGCUUGAAGAAGCUGUGGAGAAGCAGAAAUCAGAGGAGGUGAAGGAGGAAUCAGAAACAUACCCCUUCUUCGAGCAGGUAGAAGAGAACAUCUACCUCACUGAAAGGCGGAAAUCCAAGAGUAUGAAGCGGAUGGUGUGCGAUUGUACCACUUCACGAGAGGACCGAGAGAUGGGAUAUGAUGCUUGUGGAGAGGACUGUUUAAACAGGAUGCUUCUCAUAGAAUGUGGCUCCCGCUGUGCCUGUGUUGAAUAUUGUGACAACAAGAGGUUCCAAAGGAAAAGCUAUGCCGAUGUUGAUCCCUUCAACACAAAAAGUAAAGGCUGGGGCCUCAAAGCCAAUUCAAAACUGGAACCGAGCACUUUUGUGAUGGAGUAUGUGGGUGAAGUCCUGGACUAUCGCCAGUUCAAGAACCGCACCAAACAGUACGCUAAGAACAGCACCACCCACUUUUACUUCAUGGCCCUGAAUGCAGAUGAGGUCAUCGACGCCACGUACAAGGGCAACAUCUCCAGGUUCAUCAACCACAGCUGUGAUCCCAACUGUGAGACACAGAAGUGGACGGUGAAUGGUGAGCUGAGGAUCGGGUUCUUCACUAGAAGGGCGAUAGCAGCAGAUGAGGAGCUGACUUUUGACUACCAGUUUGAGAGAUACGGUGAGAAUGCACAGAAGUGUUACUGUGGGUCUGAGAAUUGCCGAGGGUUCAUCGGAGCCACCAAGGCAACCCCAGUGAAGAAGAAGAAGGACAAAGUUGUUGACAAGAAGAAGAAGGAACUGUUUGAAGAUGAAUCGUUGGAGGAAGAGUUGGAGCGCAUGCAGCAGCAGGGCCUGAAGAACAAGGACCAUGUCCUGUCCCUGUGUCGGCUCAUGGUCAAGGUGGAGGAGUGCGAGCAUCGCAAGGUCAUCCUCAGGAUACUCCAGGACACCCAGGAGCCAGCAUGUCUGAGACUGUUCCUUGACUACCAUGGCUUGCCUCUGCUGUGGAGCUGGAUGGCUGACUCAUCUCAGGAGGAUGAGGAACUCAAGUUCCUGAUAUUGUUCACAUUGAAGCUGCUGCCCAUUAACAAUAAAACAGUUUUGAAAGACAGCAAGAUUUUAACUGUUGUGAGUCAGCUAGCAGAGUUGGAGUCGACCCCAGUGAAGUCUGAGGCAGACUCAAACACCAACAGUGAUGUUCCCCCUCUGCCCUCCACUACCUCAACACCUGUGUCUAUAUUGGCAUCCAGCAAAGAUAGCAAGGACAAGCACAAGAAAAAGAGAGUGACUUUUGCUGAUGAAGCUACCAGUUCAGAUAGUGACAUCUCUGAUUCCAGCAAGAUCACUUCCACUCAGCCAGAGUCUUCAGCAUCCGAGCCUGGGUCUGAUUCUUCGGGAGCAACUGGAAGUUUCUCAGACAUUUCCUUCAAAGAAAUAGCAUAUUCAGAAGGGUAUGUGGACUUUUCAACUGAAGGUAAAGAAGCAGGUGAGGAAAGUGAAAAAGCAAAAACUGUGUGUACUCUGCAAGAUGCUGAAGCAAGAGGGGAGGAGGAGGGCGCUGUGAUUGAUUCUGCAGAUAGUUCUCAGGGAAGAGAUGAGAAGGACAAAGUCAAUAUCUCUGUUGAGGCAGAGAGCAGUGCUACAGACAUAUCGGAUAAAACGAUGGAAGCUGAGGAAGCAAAAGGAGAGACUAAGGGAGAUGAUGAAAAAGAGUCUGAUUCUUUGGAGAGUGAUAGGAAAGACAUUGUUAUUAGUCCCAGCGAAGACAACAGCAAAUCAAGCACAGACAGUGACAGCUCAUCAAAGUCAAGCACUGACAGUGACAGCAAAAUCCAGGAUGAUGCAUCAUCCAUCAAAAUUGAGGUAGCAGAGAUCCAUCAUGAGGCAGCUGAAACCCAAAACGAGGCAGCUCAGACCAAGAGUGAGGCAGUUGAAACCCAGAAUGAGGCAGCUGACACCCAGAGUGAGGUAGUGCAGGCCCAAAGUGAGGCAGCAGAGAUUCAGAGUGAGGCACUUGAGGGAGAUGAUAAGAAAAGUCUGUCUGUCCUGGCCAUAGAGCUUUUGGAACAGUGGAGUGGCCUGAAGGAGCUUUUUAAGAUUCCUAAGAAGGAGAGAGAUGAGGAGAGGAAGAGGACAGAAAAGGAGCUAGAUGUCCAGUAUACUGAGCGAUCCAAUAGAAAAUCAGGGCCGCCCUCUAAACGUAAGCGGAGGCGAGAUGACACAUCAAGCCCCUACAGGAGCAGGAAGCCCUUGCUGCCAACUCCCCCAGAGAUGACCAAAGAGGAGAGGCGCCAGCUGUUUGAAGCCCAGGUCCGGGCUCAGGAUGAGAUGAAUGCUGAGAUACGGAGACAGCAGGAAGAGUACUUGCAAGCUAGAUAUGCAGAGAAUCCCAACUAUGACCCAAGAUAUGACCCUAACCUGGCUCAGUAUUAUCAGCAGGAGCAAGACCCUGGCUUCACCCAACAAGACCCAACUUUCCCACUGGAUCCCAGCUUUCAGUAUACCCAAGAUCCCUCUAUGCCACCAGGUAGUGUUACCAAGACAACACCUCCAGCAGGUCAUAUGGCCGACCUUGACGCUGGGUCCAGCCAAGCAGGUCAUUACCCCGGGAUGGAGGGGAUGGCGUCUGUACUGAACUACUCCAACAUGAUGGACCCCAGCCAGGCCCAGCAGUAUGUAGAUCCACAUCAGCCCCAGAUGGUGUAUCAGCAGCAGCAACAGCAGCAGCAGUACCAGGCUGCGGCUGGUGUGCUUGCCCAGUCCACUGUGGCUCCUGUCACCGACCAAAGCAUCCAGGCCCAGCAGGUCAUCUACACGCACACACCCAGCUCAGCUGUGCAGCCAAGCAUUGUGCCAGUGGCAGAUCCUACCGUGGUGGCACAGCAGGUGCAGCAGCUACAACAGUUGAUCAGUCUCCAGCAGAACCUGGUUUCACUGGCUCAGCCCCAGAAGGAUGAAGAAGAACCUCCACCACCUCCAUCCAAGAACAGCUCUGGCCUGCCUCCACUUUGGAAGUCAGCCACUGACAAGGAGGGCAAUGUCUACUACUACCAUUCAAAAACAAAACAAACCCAGUGGGACCCGCCAACAUGGGAUCAAGUGCCUGAGGAUAACAUGGAAGUGGACUCUCCUGCAGAUAAAGAACCUGAAGUGAAGACCUCCAAGAAGAAGACAACCACAGCAGCAGCUGACACGUCCAGUGAGGUUGCCAAGAAGAUCAAAGACCAGUUCAGACAAAAGAUGUCACAGCUGAUUGUGAGCUGCCUCAACCCUUACCGCAAGCCUGACUGUAAGGCAGGAAGAAUCUGCUCCACUGAUGACUUCAAGCACCUGGCCAGGAAGCUGACACAUCACGUGAUGGCCAAAGAGCUGAAACAUUGUCGUCAUGUGGAAGACCUUGAAGUCAAUGAGAAUGUCAAAGCCAAGGCAAAAGACUACAUAAAAAAAUACAUGGACCGAUUUCCAUCUGCCUAUAAGAAAGAUGAUGACUCUGAAUAUUGUACUUAAACUUGCUAGAACAUCUAGCUGUGUUAGGUUGCCAAUGUACAUAUUGUGUUGUUGAUGUAUAUAUUAUGUGGAGAGCCCUGUCAUCAUCUGUUAUUGUAUAUAUCGUGUGUAGCCCUGUGUUCAACUGUUGAUAUAUGCUUUGUGUCUUGCCCUCAAUUCAUCUGUCAUUGUUUAUACCAUAGAUGCAUGGAAGGUACAGUGUGGGUGGGAAUGUCUGUGUGGGUGUGUGUUUGCAAAUCUGGGCAGUGUAUAUACAAUAUCAUCAUGAAUCAGAAAGUGGUUAUCUGACAUCAUCCAGGGAUACAUAGUGUUUUAGCUGAUUUUGCAGUUUCAGUUGAAUGUAUCUAUCCUAUUUGAAAAAGUGAAGUCAUAUGACCUACUUUACUGAAGCAGCUAUCAAUACUAUCUCAGAGUUUGAAAUACAUUAGGAUUCUGAUACCUACAAACAUCCCUUUGACUUCAGUCCUGAAGUAAGGAAGAAUAGAUAAAAAUGGCAAAGAACUAUUGGGGAUUUUUUUUAUGGUCAAUCUGUUAAGAUUUUAAUAAAUGAACUAGUUCAGUUACAUUUUAAUAUAUGAUUGUAUUACAGAUUUUAAUGGAUGUAAUGAGUUAGGAAAUAUUUUAGAUGAAAGUUUUACUUGUUAUGUUUUGAUAAUAGCUUUUAUAUUUCAUUGUUUAUUUAAAUUCUGUGUAUGUUCUGUUUGAAACAACAAGGGUUUUUGUUUGUGAGACUAUCAAUAAUGACCUCAAACAAACACAAUUUGAAUACAAUUCUCUAACAUUUCAGGAGAAGAAAUGUACAACAGGUACAGUUUAAUCCUCUGAAGUUACAUAAUUGUAUUACUGUAGCCCAGUUCACUAACUGGAUUCAUAGAAGAAAUGUUCUGAGAAUAACCUAUAAUUGUAAAUUUAAGUUCCCCAUAUGUUCUUCAAAGAUUACCAUCAUUCGCAGUUACAAUAUUAUUUCACUUUCUAAGAAUAGAGCAAAAUCUGCUUUCACUUUCUCAUCCCACUUGGUCCAAAUCACCAACUUUAAUGCUGGUUUUAAGUUUUUGUUGGAGAACAAUUUAUGUUAAAAUCUUCAAUGGAUUAUUUUACCUUAUGUACAUACCAGCUUCUAACAGUAAUUUUGUGACAUAAAACGAGAUAUUCAUGUAAAAGCUGGAAAUGGGUACAACACAACUGAUUUGCUACUAUGAUUUUGUUGGGAACACGUGCAAAUAUGGUGAUCAGUCCCCAUAUGGAACAUGGUCCUGUGUGCCUAAUGACUCUUGUCAGUGUUUCUUUCGCUUGUGUGUAAGCAGAUGGGGAGCAUCUACCAUUUAGCAGUCAGUCUGUCUCCAUGUUGUGUUGCGCACAAGGUAUAAUAGCAUGCCGUACAUCUUUCAUGUGCAAUACAUUCAACUCAUUUCAUUUAGAAGGGAUAAUUGAGUUUUGUACAAUAUUCAGAUGAACUGUAUAUUUUACUAUUUUGUGAUAAUAAAUGCAAACAAAGUU